CUCGGGAGCCCAGGCUGGUGUAGACAGGUGGGCUUAGCUAUUUUGCCUUUAUGGAUUCCUAAAGUUUCCAUCUUCUGAUGGGUAGUUCCGAAGAGUAUAUGAUAUUGCUGCAGGUUGUAACACAAACAGGAUUAUCCUCGUGUCUGUAGAUAUGUAAUACAGGAAUCCAUCUGUGUUCUAGGCAUGGCAGUGGCUCCCGUUUCCGCAGGAAGUGCCACAAGAGAAUCAAAUAACUUCAUCCGGCUUUGCAAGUUACUUCUAGACAUUGGUACAAAGGUCCUUCAGAAUAAAUUUGACAUAUUGGUUCCCCCUAGUCAACUGUCAGACUUCGUAUCGAGUAAUAAAUCAAUACUGAAGAAGAAGCCAAGUAUUGGAGGACAUGGUAGAGCCAAACUCUUCCCGACAGAUGCUAAGCCAUGCUCAAACGUAUUCGACAUUUCCUUGAUUUACGUUCUGUUUAGGGAGACCCGAUUUACUGAUGAUGAUGGUAGCAGUAGACCUUUAAUCAGACCACCCCAGCUGGGUUGGGGUAUCAAACCAGAUUCCUCAGACUCUAGCGACGCAGCCAAUAUCGAGCGGUUACGUCUCGCUCGCAACGACCUGUACGGUCAUAAACUGAAAGCCGCAAUCAGCGAUGAAGAAUUCGAGGAAACGUGGGCGGAGCUUUACACAGCUGUUAUAAGUAUAGGGGGAGAUAAAUACAAGCAGGAAGUGGACAACAUUUUAAAUCACACCUUACCUGCUGUGAUAAGCCUGCCAAUUAACACAACGCUGAUGCAGGUGCUCAUAGAAAAGAGAGGCGCGGAAGACAAGAAGUUCGUGGAGACUCGUGCCUAUCGUCGGAUACAGGAAGAGGUAGACCGUGAUGGGGCCGUUCUGAUUGUUGGUAACUCGGGCGAGGGAAAGACGUCCUGUGCAUGGCACCUCAUUCUGCGUCGUCUCGUAGCCGGCGACAACCUUGUCAUAAUCGACUCGGCGGAUGAAUGGCGUAAAAAAUGGGAUGCUAGCAAAAAGCAAACGAUAUUCGUAGACAAUUGCGUUGGUGAGUCGUGUGCCAUUCCUGAACGUGCCGAAGCUUGGCAGCGUCUGCAGGAGGACUUACGGGGAUGUAUCAACCACAAAUAUACAACUGUCAUAGCAACAGUCCGCAGGUACAUCUACAGAGAUCUGAAAGCAACAGUCAAUCGCUUUCAUCUUUUUGGGAAGCCGAUUGAUAUUUCUUCUUCUGAUUUGCGUCUCUCAUCAUCUGAAAAGCUACAGAUGAUUAGGAGUCAUCUCAGGGACAAAGACAUUGUCCUGAAUGCAAAGACGAUCGAAAUGCUAACAUCAUGCGAUACCCCAUGCUUCCCAUUAUCCUGUAGACUUUUUGCGUCUGACGAAAUGUUUCGAGCAAAAGGUGAAAGUUUUUUUCUUCAUCCCGUUUCACAGUUACGUGAAGAACUUGUUCAGCUUUCAAGGAGAGACAGUGUUGCGUUUUCAGCAUUGAUCCUACUGCUUGUUUGUGAUGGACACUUACUGUUUGAUAAUCUGACGCCAAGCGAACCCACGCAAAAUAAACCCCCCAAUGGAUGGCUCGAAAGGCUGCGCUAUAUUUGUUGUGGGGCCUCACCGAAUGUCAACUGGGUUGCAGAGAAACUAGAAUCAAUAAAAAAGGCACGUAAACUGCCCAACCUCACAUUGUUUGAUAUUCAUCGUGCCAUUGAAAGGCUGCGCGAUUCACAUGUGACAGUUAAUGAUACUGCAUACAAAUUCGUGCAUGCCUCUCUUCUGGAAGCGGUAGGCGUUGUGCUGGCAAACGAGGAUGCCAUGUUUGUAUUGCAGCACUGCAGCGCUCACUUUAUCCAGCAACACGUGCGGCUUCAGUCUUUCCCUGACGUCGCGGAAGACACGUUGGUACGGUUGCCAGAGAUCUACUACAAGGAACUGGCCAAGCGUUUUACGGAUGAUGUCAUGAACGGAGACAUUGACGAUGUUUUCCAAAACCCCUCUAUCGAUGAUCUGUCCUUCUCUAUCCGGUGGUGUAUGUACAUUUCAAAUAUGGAGCGCACAAAACAGCUGAGGUUUUACCGAAGCGUGGAUAAGAAGGGAUACUCGUUGUUUUACUGGGUUGGCCGAACUGGAAACCUGUCCCUGCUGCGACAGUUUUUGCAUAAUGAGGAGCCGACAUCAGAUUGUUUGCACGGUGCAUGCUUCAGUGCAAACGCCGAGGCAGUUAUGUUUGUGCUUAGUAAAGGUGUAAGUGCACACUGCGUCGAUGCAGGCGGCAGGACGCCACUAAUCAUCGCUUGUAAAGCAGGCAAUUAUGGCACCGUGAAAUUACUUCUUGACUACGGAGCCGACGUUAACCAGGAACAAGAGUCCUUUGGAACACCUCUGCAUUAUGCGUGUUGGAACGGGGAUUUACAGUUGCUCCGUGUGUUGUUGGAAAACGGCGCGAAAUCGAACGUGGUCACUUGUGGUGGAUGGCCUGCCAUUUACUUCGGUGGCGGAGAAGAAAACGCCAAGGUUGUCCAAAUGCUCUUGAAACGACAAAACUCAAUCAAUGUCACUGCACACACAGGAUGGUCUCCCUUACAUUUGGCUUCCGGUAAAGGGGAUUUGGACAUUGUUCUUUCCCUGAUAGAGAGCGGUGCCGAUAUCAAUAUAGCGACCACAAAGGGUUGGAGCCCAUUGUAUUGUGCCACACAAAAAGGCCGCCAUAAUGUUGCAAGCAUGCUGUUACAAAAUGGCGCGGACUACGACCAGACGGACUAUUUCGGCUUAUCAUGUCUCCACAGGGUAUGUUAUGACGGAUAUAACUUGGUGGCAAAGGUUCUCAUACAAGGUGGCGCAGACGUCAACAUCAGGUCAAAGGUUGGCUACACUCCACUCCAUUGCGCAUGCGAUUCAGGUCAUGUUGCGCUCGUAAAACUUCUGCUACAAAACGGAGCAGAUGUACACGCCGAGGGACUCAAUAAGAAAACUCCAGCCAAUGUAGCACAGAUGAAGCAGAGAAAAGAAAUCCUAGAGCUCCUGGCAGACAGCUCAGCUCGCGCGAAAAAUAAAGGCAUUUGUGAUAAGACCUGUAACGGUCAUGCAUAACACUGCUUUACCCGCUGAAUAUGACUACAACACAAUGAAUUGACUAGAAACUAACGUGGUUUGAUUGACUUUUUUUUCAUAACCUAAUUUCCAUACAUACAUAAAAUUUGAUAUUUGUUGUACUCAGAUAGUCCUUUACAAAGACAAUACAUUGUUAAAUUAAUUGCCGCACGUUGAUAAUAUUUAGAAGUUAUCGUGGUUUUUUUUGUGGGGAAAGGAACACUUAUGUGCUUUGUAUGAAUAAAAUCCAUUAGUGUUUGAUUCAUGUUGUUGCAACAGUACUGAAUUCGAGUGAUACGUCAAAGGACAACUCUGACAUUUCGGAGACACUUUGUUAACAGGCAAUGUUGAUCAUUCUCUCACACCUCGACAGAGGAACUAGCUGUUUAAUAUAUGGAGUUCGCAUAGCUUUUCAUUUUCAAUGUCGUAUGUCAAGUUUGAAUGUUGCUCCUCCUAUCCAUAUGGCCAGGAAAACAAUUUGUCAAACAACUCACUAGAUUAAAACAAACAUUGAUCAGUCUACACUCAAAUUGACUUCUAACAGUUGAGGGUUCUUUUCAUUAUACUUGGUUGAUAAUUUCAAUCUGUUUUAGUAUCCGUUUGUGUAGGAAAGGAUGAGCUCAAAUGUUAAUGAAAAUAAUCGAUAUGAACAUGGGAUGUGCAUUGUGACGUCAGUGGACAUGUGUUCACAACAUCUGAUCAAGGUAUGUUGUUCAGUGAUAUAUAUAAUUUAUUCUACCGCGUUUGCGAUGUAUCCAUACUUCUCAUUGGUUAAUAACCAUAUAUGUUUACGACCUUGUACCAUGUGUGAGCAUGUAAUAUUUUCCAGCAGACCAUGCGCGUGAAACUCUCUUCCAAAAAGGUUCACAAGCCAGCCGUGGGACUCUGUUUCUUUUGUCGAAUGAUGGUACACGAAUUUGUUUUUGUAUGUACAUUGUAUUUGAAGAUUUGCUAACGAAAAGGUUUCUAUUUACCUCUAGAUCUGCUUAAAUCUGUCAAGAUCACAAUCAAAUUGUUCCGCCGAGCUUAGCCUGAAGAUGACUUGACAUAGCGUUUGUAUGUCUAGAAAGUGUUGAUUUCUAGCAUAUUUUCUAAAGCAUGACGUCAGUGUUUAUUGUUUAUUUAACCGAAGGGGGACUUAACAUGAUUUGUUUUGGGAAUUUCAUACCAAAAUGGCAAAAUUGUUCUUUCAUCGAGGCGAGAUGCACAAAGUUGUUGACUUUCACCAGUUAUUAUAUUUGAACAUACAGAAAGUUGUGAACAGCGAAUUGAGUAACACUUGUCCAUUUGCAUGGAGAAAAAACAACCACAUGUUCCGAUAUGCUUUUUUAUACUAUCUGUUGCUUUGGAGGCAGAUACCAUGUGUCAUACAUUAAUAAUUAUGAGGAUGUAUGUAUUAUAAUUACAGACUAUUAGAACCCCAUCCCCCUUCUCUC